AUGCAAGUAACCCCAAUGGAGAGGAGGUGUUCUUUUAAAAGGCAAAACAGUGCCAUCGAUGACAUGAAAGGAGAUGUUAAACCUAUAAAGAGACAAGAUUCCGAUAAUAGUUUUGGAAGACCAACAGUUACGGCUGAUGAACUGUGGCACUUACUACAGAGACACAUGGCAUCACCUUUGCCUGAAUGUGAUGCGAUUUUCCCGUGGUUACAUGGAUAUUCUUCUUCAGCACCUCCAGACUACCCGAAUUCGAUCUCAAUAAUAAGAUCUCAACCGAUGCCAGAUAAUUGGAUCCAGAAUUCUGGAGUUUUAAAAUGUUCAAUGGAUCCCCACGAAUUUUUACUUUCAUGGGCGACCUUAGGUGACGUUAGAUUAGGUGAAGAUAAAUUGGUAAUACGAGAUAUUAUCAUCAGGGAACUUUCAAGAUGUCAGAUCAAUCUUAAAUUGCAAGAGAUCGAAGACGUAGUUUUGUUAUGUUAUGAAUACGGAGUUUUACCCUUUCUCAAUACGGAUGGUCGUGCUAGAAAUAGUUAUUCCGUAACGAGAAAAGUGGGUAAUAGCCAUCAACAAUCUGUAUCUGGGUUUACAUGGAGACAGCCUGGUUCGUUUCGAAGGUUUGAUAUUCAACCAGCUAAAAUGUUAGAGAUGUCAUCUCAAAUUGUUGUGUACUGUUUCCAUGCCAGGGAUGCGCACAGUAAUAGCAAGGGCCAUUGCUCCCGCUGCUACAAGUUAGCUACAGUUUUGAAUCUGGCACUCAAAUUUGUACAAGCCAAUUACCUCACUGGUACUGGGAGACAACCCAAAAUUUCCAUUUUACAGUACAAAUCUCUUCAGGAUAUCCCACCAGAUCUCAUAGGUACACCACCGAUGACUAUGGAUUCAUUAAAUAAAGAUUCACCAGUUCAAUUGGUUUCACCUUUCGAUUUGGUCUCUUUUAAUAAUUGGGACAGAGAUUUACUAUACCGCGAGAAAUUAGAAGUCUCCAAAAUGUCAUCUGCUACGCCUGUUGAAAGUUCACUUUCAUGUUGGUCUGGUAACUCUACAGAUUAUCAAGUCUACAAAUUGCUCCUUUCAGAUACCAAAAAUUUAGACUCAUUUGUCAGAGAUCGUCUAGCUUAUUAUUCUACGCAAAAUUCCAUCGUUAGAAUACGGAAAUUACAAUUUGAUGCUAAUGAUCCAAAGGCAGCUGAUACUAAACUCUUCAACAUUCCAUGCACACCAAAGCCUUGGGCUCUCAUGAUAAGAUGUUUGGAAAAAGUUUCACCCCCUUCGUUGGAAAAAGUUAUGGCUUCGUUGGGAACCCUGCUUAAGAGCGCAAAUCCCUCACCAAUUGAAUUAAAUUUCCCCAGUUCUGGCACAAUUACCCUCGGAUCUCUGAACAUUAAUUCAAUUGAGAUCAUAUUAAAUAUUUGUUAUGUGCUUUACCAAUUGGGAAAUUUGACAGAUUACGGAUCGCUCAUUUAUUGUUCUGACGGUUACACUGAGACCACUUUCCUAUUAGUUGCAUAUUUGAUAUUUUUAUGGGAUUUAUCGUUAGAGGACACUUUACUAGAAUUACAUUUGAAAUACGAAAGACCAUUUUUCCUAUUUCCCGUGGACCUGCAGGUCUUGGGUCAUUUACAGUCUUUGUUAAGACAGUUUAGUCCCAAGAGACCAGAAAACUACCAGUUUUACAGGAAUCGUAAAGAGAAAAUUUUAGAGCCAUUGGAAAUUACACCAGAGAUGUUUAGCAAAAUAUUUUUAUUCUGUGUUCCACCAGAUUUGAAUUUCUCUGCAUUAAAGGGUCCAUUACCGUCUAGGAUUUUGUCACAUCUCUACUUAGGUUCAUUAGAGCAUGCGCAAUCGCCAAAACUUUUGAAAAAGAUGGGAAUCAAUUACAUCGUAUCUGUCGGGGAAGAUUUGUCAUGGGCAGGACCCAUGAAUUCACGUCACAGAGCAUCCUCUUCACCAAUGCCUAAUAAAAUAGAGACAAGGACAAAAACUUCUCCAAUAAAGCCACUGAGAAUCCGAGGUUUAACUGUAACUGGUGAAUACAACAAUGGCAGUGAUACUUUGGAGGAGAACCCUCGGUCAAUUGACAUCUUUGAACAAGAAGGUUUUAAAAUUUUACGCAUUGCAAAUCUAGGGGACAAUGGUAAGGACAGUUUAACAAAUCAGUUGGAACAUAUCCUUGCAUUUAUCGAUGAAUGUUAUGAAGCAAAUGGUAAAGUAUUAGUCCAUUGCAUGGUGGGGGUAUCAAGGUCCGCCACUGUUUGCAUAGCAGAAUGCAUGAAAAGAUUAGAAUGUAGUGUUCUUAGGGCCUAUCUUUUCGUUAGGGUCAGAAGACUGAACAUUAUUAUUCAACCAAAUUUGAUGUUCAUGUAUGAACUUUUAAAAUGGCAGGAGAGUCAAGGUCAAGAAAGAGCCAUUGAUUGGCCAAUUAUCUGCAGAUCGAUUUCAGAAUUGAACAAUAACUACAUAUGA